GGCUGGCUGGCUGGCUGUGUGUAUCAGAAAAUUAUAUUCAUUCCCUUUGCUACACACCGCUGUCGCCUCUGACUCAAUACACGAAGCAAACACGACACACACCAGAAAAAAUAAAUUGAGUGUUUCAGAAAUUGCCUUGGAUUAUCAAUUCAACGAAUCUGGUCAGUCGAUCCAAAAAUUAAAAUACAGCCGCACGACAAAUAAAAAAUUCAUUUGAAUCCAUACACAAAAAUUUAAAUAUGGUGUUUUAAAAACAGAACAAAAUGUUUGCCAAUUUCAGGCAAUCGAAUCGUUGUUGUUCGGCUGUGUAGCGAAAAAAAAGUUAAAAAAAUCGUUUCGAACAAAUUUUUUUCUUCCUAAAAAAAAGUGCUCUUGACGCGACGUAGGCAAUCGUAGUGCUUCUUCUUGUGUUGUAGUUAAUAUAUGUGUUAAAUAACAACAGCAAAAAUUAUAAAAUACAUAGAGAGAGAGAAGGGAAAGAAAACACGAAAAUUGCAGAUCAAAAAUUGUCAAUCAAUUGCUCGGGCCAAACAGAAAAAAAUCGAAUUUAUUCAUUUUCAUUUGAAUUGACCGAAGCAAAAAUAAAAACAAAAAUAAUCGCCAUUGACAUUUCAAUAUUAAAUAUUAACAAUAACAACAAAUGAAAUGAAAGAUGACGAAAAAUGUCCCAAAGAGAAUUAGAAUGAAUAUUUAAAUUAUUGUGUUUGUUUGUAUUGGCUACACGGAUUUUUCAAUUUCCAAUUGAAAUAUGUGUCUAUUCGGUGGUGCAACAUCAUCACACAAUCUAUUUUAUAAUUGAGAAGAAGAAGAAGUACUGUGUGCGCUGAAAUUAAGAGAAAGAGUGAGAGAAAAUACAACACGUACCGUAAUUAUAUUGGGCUGUUAUUUGAAAGCAAAACGUCGUACAUUUUACAAAUAGAAAGAAAUAUUUUUUUUUCGCUUCGAAUUUCAUAAAGGAAUUUAAAAUAAAAACACAGACACGUACACAUACACAUCCAUAAUAAUGUCAUCGGCGGCAUCAGCGGUUGAUUUUCAAAUUGCAAACACAGCUAAUUUGGAGAAAAUCGAACGAUUCAUGAAUGCUGGAGCUUAUCGAGAAAAUAUUGAAUAUAGUUCGAAUUUUAAUACACGCUUAUGUAUUGAACGACGUUUACGUUUACCAUUUUUCGAUCCACAAACGGGUGUCGCACAAAAUCAUUGUUCGCUAUUUAUGGCACGACGACAACGAAUGCCUGGCUUUCGAAGUGGACAAAUAUAUUCGUAUCCAGCGGCACGAUGGCGAAAGCAUCGACGUCAAUAUCUAUCGAAAAUGUUGCGACCGUUUAGCUCAAUUGGUGCGAUAACUCCAUCGACGGCUCAAACAAAUGGUACGCCCGUGGCAACCAGCAUCAGCCAUCGACGUCUCGAUUAUGGGAACAAUGACACAGAAACGGAUUUCAAUGGCAGUGCAUUUCUCGAAGAGAGCUCAUCAUUGGGCGGCGCUGGUGAUACAUCGGAUAGUAAGGAUAGUCAACAUAUUAAAGAAGAUAUUGUGCGUCCUUAUCCGAGCGAAUGGUUUUACGAUGAAUACACAAAUGAAAUGGACGGUUUGGAAGAGCCCAAAUCACCGGUUGACGAUGAAUACGACUAUGAUCCACGUUAUGGCAAUAAAAAACGAAGGAAACGACGACCGGCCACACAAAAACUACAGCGCAGUGUACAUACUAAUGACACACCACGCAAACGAGCUUCUGGCGGUGCCAGUGGUUCAAGACGUGGCCGUCGCAAAACGGCAACGGGCAAAGGCAGUAGUGCAUUAGAGCCUCCGCCGAGCCCACCAUCGUUCGAAACUGCAGCUGCUGCAGCGAUUGAACAGAACAAUGACGACAGUCUAAACGGUGAUUUACGAAGUUAUCGCAAAUACAUGUGAAAUGUAAUGGGAUUUUAGCAAAAUGAAGUGGCUAUGGCAAAUAUUGAUGGAAAAACCAAUUGUUGUACUCAUAUACACACAAAAACACACACACACACUUAUACAAAAGAAAAAAGUUUCACGCAAAUGAAAUAAUGUUGAUUUUAACAUCGACCACAAAUGAUAUAUUAUUAUUAAAAUGCAAAACAAAUGAGAGAAGAAAAAAAAAAUACAAAACUAAUUUCAUUAAAAUAUUUAAGAAUCUUGUUUGAUAAAAAUUAUUUCAUUACAAAGACGAUAGUUUACUAAAUGAAUAAAUAACAAAGGAAUUUCAUGUAUUACUUAUUUACAUAUAUAUAUGUAUAUGGUUUUACAGUAAAACCAUUCAUUAAAGAUGAUCGAAAAAAAAGAACAAAAUCAGAUCGAAACCAUAAAA